AUGCGCCCGGAAAAAAAAAUUCUUAUUAUAUUCUGGUUUCUUUUAUGUCAUUAUUAUUUAAAAAAAAGAAAAUUACAUAAAAGAUGGAGAAAUAGAAAGUGGCCAAUCAACAAAUUAAGAAAGCAACUUGGCCAUUAUGAUGUUCUUUUUCAAGAGUUGAAAAAAGAUGAAAACAUGUUCUUUCAAUAUGUAAGAAUGUCGAAACAUAGUUUUCAAACAUUGCUUCAAUUAUUACAAUCGUCUCUAAUAAAACAUAAUUAUAGAGCAUUGCCUCCAGAACAAAGAUUGCUUAUCGCUUUAAGAUUUAUUGGAACUGGAGGUCAAACUGCAUCUAUUGCUUUAGAUUUUCGAGUAGGGGAAUCAACAGUUAGAAAGUUAUAUAAAGAAGUAUGUUCUGUUAUUACAACAAUUUUAUUGCCAUUGUAUCUCUCUCCACCAACAGAACAACAAUGGGCUUGUAUUGCCACUAAUUAUUGGAAAAAAUGGCAUAUGCCAAAUUGUUUAGACGCAAUUGAUGGCAAGCAUAUUGUUUUAAAGUGUCCACCUAAUUCUGGAAGUUCUUAUUUCAAUUACAAGAAACAACAUAGUAUUGUUUUAAUGGCAGUGGCUGAUUACAGAUAUAAAUUUACAAUAAUAGAUGUCGGUGGUUAUGGAGGCAAUAGCGAUGGAGGAAUUUUCGCUGACUCUGAAAUAGGCUUGUGUUUAACAAAUGAUGAUCUAAAUUUACCAAAGGGUAUGGCUACAUUGCCUGGUAGUGAUAUUGCAACACCGGCAUUUUUCGUGGCAGAUGACGCUUUCUCCCUUUCAAAUAGAAUAAUGAAACCAUAUUCCGGCAAACAGUUAGCAAAUAAAAAGAAAAUCUUUAAUUACAGAAUUUCCAGAGCUAGGCAGACAAUAGAAAGCGCUUUUGGUAUUUAUAGUAAUAAAUGGAAUAUAUUUCAUAAAGCUUUAUGUAUGUUACCUAAAACAGCAGACAUUGUAGUAACUUCUUGUGUUUGUUUACAUAAUUUCAUUCUAACCAAAGAAGAAAGAUCUGGAGAAAAAGUUUACAGUACAGAAUUCUAUAAUACUGAACAUGAUAAUGUACAAUGGUCAAAUGAAGAGCAUUUACAAAGUUUGAAUACUCGUGCAGGUUUAAUACAAAGAGAUGCUUUAUGCGAUUAUUUUAUAACUCCUAACGGUGAAGUGACGUGGCAAUACGAUUACAUAACAAGAGGUUUAUAUGGAGAAUAUAGGGAAUGAUAAAAUCUGAAAAUGUUGAUAUACAAGAAAAAAUUGGAGAUGAUUACCUUAUUGAAUUACAUAGAAAUAAUAAAAAUAUAUGGGUAAUAAAAGAUUUAUCAUUUCCUAUUUUCUUUGUGUUUUUGUUACAAAAAUGUGAUAUUGGGAUUCUAAUUUAUACAAUUACAAUGUUGUAUUUGUCCUUACGUAAGAAUUUGCAUAACAGAACUGUAGUCAGCUUGUAUAUAAAUGUCAUUUCAUUAUUUAAUUUUUUAAAUC